AUCUCAUGAAGUUGCUAGUCGCUGCCGUCGUACUGCUGCUGGGGCUCGCGGCGAGUCCCACCGACGCCUGGACGUUUCCGGGAGCCCCGUUCCACAAGCCUGUCGUACGUUCCGUUUCGACAGACGCGUCCCAACGACCACAACAAGCAUUCCAUUCGCAGCAAGACCGUACUCUUUGCCAGCCGCCGGUGACGGUCCGUCCCAGUCGAGUGACGACGGCUGUUCUGGGCUGGUGUGCCGCCAUCAUACUCGGCGCCGCCGCUCCGUGGCCGGCCGUCGCUAACGACGCUCGCGUCGUGGGACAACUGCAAGGAUCCGGACUAGUCUUUAAAGAUACUCUGCAGAUUGAAGCCUUUGACGAUCCCAAAAUACAGGGCGUCACACUCUACAUUAGCAACUUUCAGAAACCCAUCACGGAACGCCUCAACGCCGGAUUCUUCAACGAUCCCUCCUACGCCAGUGUCGCCUGUGCACAAACCUCACCCAACAUUCGCGUAGCCGACAACAUCAACGUCUCGCCGCAGGGAGAACAGGUCUUUACGGAAAGCAAGUCGCUCCUCUUCAAAUCACUCCGGGUUCAGCGGAUUUACGACGUGGACAAGCAAACCGCCGUCUACGUUAGUUUCAAUACCCGACUCGACAAGUCCGACGACAGCAACAAAUCGCGAUUCAAGUCGUCCCUCUGUGCCGUGCCUCUCAGUAACAACAACAAAGCAACCGCUGCGAACAGUGUCGCUGACGCCGUCGCCAAGGCACCCGUCGGAGCCGAGUGAAACGUGGCCUU